AUGGACACUAUGAGAGCUGCGCGCAAUAUCUACAAGAACGAUGUCGAUUUCAUGGCGCUUUCGCUGCAGUCGCCAGAAUUCGCUAAAUAUUUAAAACCAAAUGGACAAUUGGAUUUUACCGAUCCAGAUGCGGUGCGACAGUUGACCAAGAGUUUAUUGAAGCAAGAUUUUGAUCUGGAAGUUGAUAUUCCCGAGAACAGACUAUGCCCACCGGUGCCCAACAGAUUGAAUUACAUCCUGUGGCUGCAAGACCUGCUAGAUACUACCGGAGACGAGUACCGUGAUGACUACGACCCUGACCGUGACGUUACAGGGAUUGACAUAGGAACAGGAUGCUGCAGUAUCUAUCCCCUUCUGGGAUGUGCCUCGAGGCCAAGGUGGAAGUUCGUGGCCACAGAUAUCGAUGAUGAAAACAUCGAAACUGCCACAAAGACGGUAACCAAAAAUGGACUCGAGUCGCGGAUCCAAAUCAUCAAAACGGAUCCCAGCUUACUCGUUCCGUUGCAGAAAUCGGGAGUUGAACGGCUUGAUUUUACAAUGUGCAACCCUCCAUUUUACGCAUCGCGCGAUGAGAUGAUUGCCUCUGCAGAAGCGAAAGAGAGGCUACCAUUUUCAGCAUGCACAGGAGCCGAAGUCGAAAUGGUCACCACUGGAGGGGAGCUUGAUUUCGUCGCGCGGAUGAUCGAAGAAAGCAUCCGGCUUGGCGAGAAAGUCCUAUGGUACACCACCAUGCUCGGAAAACUGAGCAGCGUCUCCGUGAUUGUCGAAAAGCUAAUCAGCCACAACAACCGCAACUAUGCCGUCACAGAGUUCGUCCAAGGCUCGAAGACAAGGCGCUGGGCAGUUGCAUGGUCUUGGGCCGAUUUACGCCCGGCUAUGAACGUAGCCCGCGGGAUAACCAAUUUCCCCAAACACCUCCUCCCCUUCCCCUCCGAAUCGACCUUCCUCAUAUCCAACACCUCAAUCGACGACCUCUGCUCCAAAUUAGACGCAGAACUCAGCGCUCUCCCAAUUCAAUGGCACUGGCGCAAGAACCUUAGCACGGGAAUCGGCUUCGCAAAAGAGAACGUCUGGUCUCGACAAGCGCGGCGGAAGAUGCAGAACCCCGAGACUGCGGAGAAGCACAAGAUGGAGAUUGACGAGGGCCAGGUGGCGCUGGGGUUCAAGGUACAGUUAAAAUUGGAUGGGAUUGAGGAGACGAGAACCAAGGUUGUGAUGCGAUGGCUGAAGGGGACGGAUUCUGUUCUAUUUGAGAGUUUCGUUGGAAUGUUAAAGAGGAAACUUGAGGGAAGAUAA